AUGCCUAGCUAUAGCCUUCCUACGAAAGCAGCUGUGGCUCCAUUGUUAUAUGACGCAGACGACUACGAGAAAAGUCCAUUGAGGUACGACUAUAUAGUGUGCAAUUUGAGGAAUUUAAAGAAGUUUAUAAUAAAAUCUAAGGCAAAUGUGCCAUUUUUAGACUACAAGCCUUUCGGCAUGGUUAAAAUCUUUGAACGGAAAAGGUUUUAUAUCACAAUAAUCUGCUACGUCAGAACUUCAGCCCCACAAAUAAUAUCCCUGAGGAAGAGGUCAUUGUCUGAAGUAUUCGAAAGCCGAACAGAGAAAUCCUGGGACAUUGUCAGGACAUUUUUGUGUCAAAACCCUUGUAAUUACAGAAAUUCUCUUGAAAUUUCCGAAAAACGUUCCUUUAAACAUGUCGAAUUCCAGGAACUGUCCUUCCUGCAUGUUCGAACAUGCAAUCCGACCUUCGUUAACGCGGCUAUCGACAUUUUACUGUCGAAACACUGUAAAGGACUUAAAAAAGUUGCCCUGACACUGUGUAUCUUACAGGAAGGGAAUAUUGAAAAAAGCGAAAAGAAAAAUAUUUUCAGGCACAUUAUCAAUAAUUCGCCCUAUAUGACCGAUUUGGAGAUCGCCACGUGUAACAAUUCUGAAUACAAUGAUCCCGAAGCAGAUUCCUUAAGGAUACCAUGUUUUAGUUCAGCAAUACUGGGUGCUUACGAACUGAUCAGCAACCUGAGAUAUUUAAAAAAACUGACCCUGGAAAUACCGACAUACUCCAGUGGCGCAUUCCUGAAGGACGUAUUUUUAAAAUGUCCACAACUUGAAUCGUUGCGACUUUUGAGCAGAGAAAACAACGAAGACUUAAAUUCAGUUUUAUAUUCCCAUUUAAACUACGCCCAAAUGCUGAGAGAUUUCAGGUUCGAAAAUGUCCACAUCGAUUUGGACCGGCUAUUUUCGGCGCUGAAUAAAAACCUAACCUCGAAACUGAGCAGGAUCGUCACCAAAUGCGAGUACGAACACUCCUCUCAGCUGUGGCCCGUCGAGAAACUGCUUAAACGCCACACGAACGUCAUUUUGCUCGUCGUAUGCGUGUCCAAGUACAACAGGCACCAAGUGACCAAACUGCAAGAACUGAUGGAUGAGCACAAAGACCAUCCCGCGAAAAUAUACGUGGCUUGUACCGAUAUUAAGGAGGAGGAAGGAUAUUUUUUUCCAGAGGCUCACAAAGACAUUCUGUCUUGUAAUAGUAAUAUUUCUAUGCUCAGUUUUAUGGAGUAUUAAAUUAAUUUUGAUAUU